ACAAGUGUAUUUUAGUAUGUUUACAUAUUGGUAACUCUGUCGAGUGUAGUGGCUUUGUAAAACCCUUGGAAGGAGCGUUAUACUUGUCUAAACGCCAGGAAUAACACGCUGUUUACUAUGUUAGGCAUAAGGGUUACGAAUACAGCAAUCGGACUGGAACAAGCAACCUUAUGUGUAUUCAAAAACAUCCAUCGUCGAUCGAGUUAAUUCAAAGUCAUGAUGAGCAUAAAUCCUUGUAAAAUGAACACGAGACAGAUGUUUUUAUGUAUCGCGUGUUCAUGUGGCUUUGCUGGGAUAUUCUACUACAGUCUAUUUCGAAAUUUCUUUGUCGACAUUAAUGGUACUCCUUCGGUGGCCGUCAACGGCGUCGUUGCUUUAACUGGUUUCUUAUCGAUCAGUCAACAUCAAUUAAACUCGAAAACAGGCUACAAUGGAAAUCUACAUAUUAUAAAAGCCAAUUUAUCGUCCAGAAAUUCGCCGAGAGUUAUAAGCACGCGAGCAGAGGCGAACAAUAUUGGGAAUCAUUCAAGCGAAGACUCUUGGGAGGAUUUAGAAUUAUACACGGUAUCAAAACCAUCGCCUGGAAAAAUGCAGCGAAAAUUUGGCAUGGCUGAUAAACGCUUGGAUGAGAAAUUUUUAAGAAGCGACGAACGAAGUAUCGAGCGAAUUUUAGACGGGCUAGCUACGGACUCCGACGACAAAGUGCCGGAAAUUUUUAAAAAAAGAGGAAGACCUACGAAGCGUUUUCCAAAUGUUAUAAUUAUCGGAGUGAAGAAAGGGGGGACAAGGGCUCUGCUGGAGAUGAUCAAACUACAUCCACAAAUCUGCAGCUGUGGUCCAGAGAUUCACUACUUCGACAGACACUAUGCCAAAGGAAUUGAAUGGUAUCGCAACCGAAUGCCAUUGUGCUAUGAAAAUGAAAUUACAAUAGAAAAAACUCCGAGUUACUUUGUGACAAGCGGUGUCGCGAAAAGCGUAUUUGAAUAUUCUAAGCGACUAAACAAAACAUUAAAAUUGCUCGUUAUAGUUCGUGAUCCGACAAAACGUGCCAUUUCAGAUUAUACGCAAGUAUUAUCCCAUGCUAGAAACGCUUUUAAACCAAGUUUUAAAGAGUCGGCCUUGAGGCAAGAGAUCGACGGGAGGCCAUACGUGAACUCACGUUGGGGUGCUAUAAAAAUAGGUGUCUAUGCGAAGCAUCUCAAGCGGUGGUACAGAUACUUUCAGCCCUCUCAAAUACAUAUUGUAAGUGGAGAGGCAUUAAUCAAAAAACCCUUCGAUGAAAUUAAAAAAGUCGAAGAAUUUCUAAAUCUCCCUCCGUUUAUAAGGCCGGAACAUUUUGUUUACAAUGAGACAAAGGGGUUUUAUUGCACUGACAGAGGAAUAGGUCAGUUGAACACCAGUAUGAAUUCGACAAAUUUAAGGUGCCUUGGAAGCAGUAAAGGUAGGCUUCAUAUUGCUGUGUCGAACGAAACCGAAAGAGUGCUUCGUGAAUAUUACAAACCUUUUAACGAGGAGUUAUACAGGUUGAUAGGGCGAAACUUCGGGUGGCCAUAAUUUGUAAUUAAGGAGAGGAAGGAAGAUAGAAACGAGGAUAAUCCGUUUCAUAAUAUUUAUGUUGAGUUUAUUUAUUUUUAACCGGAUGCAACGUUUGUUGCAAAUAACUAUUUUUGUAUUCCUAAUUGAGCUUGUUCCUUUUGCGAGAACGUUUUUAUAUUGAGACAUAAGUGAACAGCUAAAUUUAUAUUUAAACUUAAAAGAAUGUUUGUUUCCGCGUCUGUUUUGGCAUGCGUUGCAUGCUGGGAAUAUUAUUUGCAGUGCCUCCGGUAAUAUGGUGUCCCUUAAGCAUGGAUAUAACAGUUCAAUGGGAUAUAAUAGUAUAUGUAUGGAUUUAGGCCUUGAUACAUCCACAAUUAACAAUUAGUAUCCAUUUCUAUAUCGUUAAACCUGGACGAAAUAGUUAGGUAGCCAUUAGUAUCCCUUUCAAUUGAACUAAAUUUGAAGUAAAACUGAAUAAUUUCCUCAAGUAACAACUAAUAUCUUAUGCCCAACGAGUACCUUAGGUAAUAUCACUUUCUUAUGUAAUAUACAACUGAUAUCCCAUGCUAUUUUAAGUCAAUU